AUGUCCGAAGAACCAACGUCUUUCCACAUUUACAGGGAUGGCUGGUUUUUCAGCGGCGAUCGAUUUGUUAAGGCCGCAGAUAGGUCGACGAUAUUAUAUCAUGUAAAAGGUGUUCGGACGGUCUCAAGAUGGGAACUUGCCUUGUGUGCGGGAGGCAAAGAUGGUCCUCCAGUUUGCCGAAUACGAAAGACGUUUACAGAAUUCAAGUAUUCCGAAUACAUCUGUGAUGAUUCCCCAGAGACCCUUAGUGUCACAAAUAAAGAUGGCUGGACCACUCAGCUGGAGAGGAGGAAGGGAGCGUUUGACGAAACGCACUGGUUUCAGGGACCAGAUAAUAAAGAAUACCGAUGGAUGCCAAUGAAAUCAGCCAUUUUGCGGAGUGACCUCCAAUGUGUUGACGCUCAAGAUAGCAUCGUGGCGAAUUUUCGGGUCACGAUAAUGGCCGUGUCCAAGGACGGGGAACUCCGUAUCUAUCCUCCUGGGCGAUUUAUGGCCGAAUCACUCAUUGCCACUAGCUUGGCUAUACGAACUCCUGAACAGUAAUGGCCUGCGAACUUCUUUUCGAUGUCAUGACACCUAGCCAGCGCCUUUCAGUGAUUUCAGUAAUCUCAUCCUCGGAGUCUCCCUCUGCCUACCGGUAAUAUGCGGCCUACCAUAUUCAUUCUCUUGACAAGAAGAGGCAUGACUGAUUGACUGCGGUCGAAGUUCGUGACCAUAUCUAGCUCAAAUGCUCCACUGUUCUAGACAAGAA